AUGAAGCGGUUUUCAGACUGGAGCGGGAUGUUGUUUUUCGCUGGUUUUGCAGAUGGAAACCGUAUGGCUAUGAAAGCUCUUCAUGUGUCUAUUAAUGGAGCGCAGGUCCACACCGAGUUCCACUGCCGUCAGGCUCACGCCGCCGGAUCCGACACGUCCGGAGACGACACUCUGAAGACGUGGGACAUGCGCAACUUCAGGAAACCUCUCGCUGCUGUUACUGGCUUGACCUCCUUCUUUCCCAUGACAGACUGCUGCUUCAGUCCGGAUGAUAAGCUGCUGCUGACGGGAACCUCGGUCAAGAAGGGCGAAGGCAACGGGAAGCUGCUGUUCUUUGAGCGGGAAUCUCUGCAGAAGGUCUAUGAGAUUGAAGUCGCCGAUGCGGACACACACUUCUGUGUUGCUCCCAUGAGUGUCGUCCGCUGUCUUUGUCAUCCCAAGUUGAAUCAGAUCAUGGUUGGGACGGGGACCGGCCUGGCGAAGGUCUACUACGACCCGGUCAAGAGUCAGAGAGGUGCGAUGUUGUGUGUGGUCAGGAGCAAGAGGAAGGAGAAACACGCCGAGACGCUGACACAAGAUUACAUCAUCACCCCUCACGCUGUGCCCAUGUUUCGUGAGGCCCGGCAGCGCAGCACUAGGAAGCAGCUGGAGAAGGACCGACUGGACCCAGUCAAAUCCCACAAACCCGAGCUGCCCGUGUCCGGACCAGGUCGAGGCGGUCGUGUGGCGGCCCACGGCGGGACGCUGUCCUCCUUCAUCGUCAAAAACAUCGCCCUGGACAAAACCUACGACAGCAACCCGCGAGAGACCAUCCUGCGUCAUGCCAGAGACGCCGCUGAGAACCCGUACUGGGUCGCCCCGGCCUAUAAACAGACGCAGCCCGAGCCGCUGUUUGCCGAGGACGAGGAAGAGGAGGCCGACGAAGAUCAGCCAGAAUGGAAGAAACGCAAGAUCUGAGGAGAUUUCCUCUUCACUUUUGACUCUGAGUUUGUGGAGUUCAGAGGAAUGAGUCUCUUCCGUCAGGAUUCUCCAACACGCUUUCCAAACCUUGUGGAAAUGGACAGUUUUACGUCUGAAUCUGAGCAGAA